ACCAUGUUUUUCUGAAUUCAAGUCUCUUCAGCUUCAGCUGGUAAGAACCCACUAAAAUUUUCUUAUAUUUUGUGUGAUUUUUCUUUCCUAUUUGUGUUUAGGAACUUAUCAGGAUCAUGUAUUAAUUAGCAUAUCCAGAUGUUCUGUCUUUGUGUAAUUUAUUGUGAUGGUUGUUGAUGAUUUGGGAUUGCCUGUGUUCCUUGGAAGAAGAAGAAGGAGAAGGAGAAGAAGAUAUAUAAAAGAUACUUUUUAGAUAGGCUGACUGAGUUGGGUUGCCUUGGAUCCAGGAAAACCCAAGUUCUAUGUCAAAAAGUUUUCACCUUUGUCUGGUUUUCUUGUGAUUACUAGUAUUAGUUUCCUUUUUCCUAGGUUCUUUCUCAUGAACCCUUUGCUUUCUCUUCUUGGAUUUAUAGAUAAACGUCAGAUUGCAGUUAUUUUCAUGUGCUUAGGUGUAUAUUUGAGGGUUGGUGGUGAGGAUAGGAUUUUGGUAUUAUGUGGCUGAUUCUCUGCCAGGAGGAGAAGAGUUUGGUAAGCUAAGCACUACAUAAGAAGCCCAAUUUACCUGUGAAGUCUUGAAAUUUUCAUCACUGGGAGAUUAGAUCCAUUGUUGCCCACCAGAUCUGCUGACCCCAUUUCAUUCUGCUCAUGUUUAGCGCAUACCCAUCUCUUAUUUGAUCUUAGUGGUGUAAUUGUUGUUUGUGUUACUAUAACUGUGAGAGGAUUGGGGGAUCAAUGAUAUAAUCUGCAAAAGAGGAGAUAUUGUCUAUCCUUAAGAAUUUUGCCCUAGUUCAUUGCUGGAAGGUGUUGGAGGGAAUUACAAAUUGUAAAUUUACUUUACUGAGUAGAGAUUGAAGGUAACUGUUAAAUGGUACAAAGACAAAGGAAAUUGAUGGAAGACAUGUCUCCAGCAGUUGCAGUGACACUUAGUUUAGGUAAUUCUAUAUGUGAUAAUUCUGGAAUUGCAGCCAAUGUGGAGUUCACAUGGCUAAAGCUAGUAACAGACCCUGGAAGUUUGUCAUCAGAUUCCAUUAAGGCAGUGCCUUUAGAGUCAGUUUCGUGCAGCAAUGGAAGUUGUAAUGAUAUACAAAGUCACGCUACUGUGGUGGCCAUGUCAUCACAAGAAGAUAAUGGUGGAGAGGGAGAGGGUUUGUUAAAGAUGCUACCAGAGAAUGGAAACACUUCUGUUAGUAAUGAUGCCAUGGUUCAAGAAAGUGAGGGAGGUGAAAUCUUAUCCUUUAGAUAUGAUACUAAUGGAGUUGAUAGUGAGGAAUUGCUUAAGUUAGAGGUGGGGUCUGCAAUAAGCUUGCCAGAUGUUGUGGAGAUAGGAAAUGCCGUCGAAGGUAAGAUUGUUGCAAAAGCCAUUGUCUUGGUAGAAUCAGCUCUUGGGAAAAUGCCUUCGGGUGAAGUCAUUGUUGCAGCAGUUAGCUCAGCUUCUGAGUUAUCUGAUAAGUCUGAAUUAACAACCUCUACAGUACUUAUCCAGUCAAAUGGGGAGAAGAAUGUCAGUAAAGCAAGUAUCCGGAGUGUUUUUGAGCUGGACUGUAUUCCCCUCUGGGGUUCUGUAUCAAUUUGUGGAAGAAGACCAGAAAUGGAGGAUGCAAUUGCUGCUGUUCCUCGUUUUAUUAAUAUUCCAAUUAAAAUGCUCGUUGGGAAUCAAUUGUAUAAUGGAAUGAGCCAAAGUUUGACCCACCUAACCAGUCACUUUUUUGGCAUUUAUGAUGGCCAUGGGGGCCCUCAGGUUGCUAACUAUUGUAGUGAGCAGCUCCAUUUGGCUUUGGCUGAAGAGCUUGGAGUCAUUAAAGACGAUUUGAGUGAUGGAACUGUGGGUGAAAGUCAGCAGGUGCAGUGGGAGAAAGCAUUCACUAAUUGUUUUCAGAGGGUUGAUGAUGAGAUUGAAGGAAAAGUUAGCGGAAACAUCGUCAAAAGUGAUGGAAAUGCUUCCGAGGCUAGCUUUGAUCCUAUUGCUCCAGAAACUGUUGGGUCUACAGCUGUGGUUGCAUUAGUCUGUUCAUCCCAUAUUAUAGUUGCAAACUGUGGCGAUUCAAGAGCAGUUCUAUGUCGUGGCAAACAAGCCAUAGCGUUAUCAGUCGACCAUAAACCAAACAGAGAAGAUGAAUAUGCAAGGAUUGAGGCAGCUGGUGGCAAGGUGAUACAGUGGAAUGGACAUCGUGUUUUUGGAGUUCUUGCAAUGUCGAGGUCCAUUGGGGAUAGGUAUCUGAAACCGUGGAUAAUUCCAGAACCAGAAGUGAUGAAUGUCGCUCGAGCUAGAGAUGAUGAAUGCCUUAUUUUGGCUAGUGAUGGUCUAUGGGAUGUCAUGACAAACGAGGAAGUUUGUGAAGUGGCUCGACGGCGCAUUCUGCUCUGGCACAAAAAGAACGGAGUUACAGCUCUUGUGGAGAGGGGCGCUGGAGUUGAUCCAGCAGCUCAGGAAGCGGCUGCCUACCUUUCAACGCUUGCCCUCCAAAAGGGAAGCAGGGACAACAUAUCUGUGAUUGUGGUGGACUUGAAAGCUCAAAGAAAGUUCAAGAGUAAAUCCUAAAAUGAGGAGGAAUGUUCACCCGCAUUCUGUGGUUUCGGCUAUGUCCUUAUUAUCCGACUCUUUAUUUUUUCCGCCUAUUUUUCUGGCAUAUGCUGAUAUAUAUAGAGAGCACAGCCCAUUCGAUUUUCUUGUGGGCUCAAUUUGUGUACAAGUAUAGAAAUCUGUAUGUACCUAUCUCUACUACUGUAGAAACUAUAAUGCAAUGCCCUAUGUGCUUUUUCUA